GCCACUGGGGGAGCACAUUACACGGGACGGCGAAAAAAGUCAAAGGGGUUAACUUGGAUACACACGCGGCGGUGUUUUCAUGCCAAAAAGCCAUCCAAACGCACACGGAAGCGACUGUGUUAUACACGAGAAUAAUUGUCUUUGAUAUGGGAGAUGUUUUGAAAAGUGCUCACGCGCUCAGUUGUGGAAUAUAACUCCAGUAUGCGACAGUUUUGAAACAAAGGGGUCUGAAGUGCUGUUGUCUUAUCGGUAAGACGCGCUGUUGUGCGGGUAUAUAUCCGUUUUAAUUAAAGGGUUACACUGUUCCCUCUAAUGUUUCACGCUCGGCUUCUCUUUCAGUUCGAAAUAGUCGUGGUCGAUGAACGCAUUUAACCCAAAACUCUUCGCGUUAUUCAUUCACACCUGUGAGGUAUACUUUGUAUCGCCGUAAUAAGGGACUCGUGGCGCGCUGCUGUGGUGGAUGUGCGGCGCCGGUCACUUUCAUUUCACUGACAGAUUCGCCUUUAUAUUAGUCAUUAAGAAGUGCAAACUCACUAUCAGAUACCUGAAGUUUGUCGCAGAAUUUGUAUAUACCUGUAAUGAAUUGAGUCUACCACAAAUAGAUGAGACGAAGGCGUGAUUGCAACCUCGCGAUAAAAUGACCGUUUGUGUUAUUGUAGUCCUGCUUGAACUUUGCUGGGUGAAUUGCCUCCAGAUUUUCCACCAAUUGCUCGCUUAUCUUAUUCCUUUAAUUCCAUUAAAUUACUGUGGCAUUUCCCCCCAAAUAGAACUGCUGUGGUUUAGUGGUUGAAGUGCUUAAACAUAGCUAGACAGUCCCAAGAUUUGCUUAUUUCCUCUCUCUCUCUCUCUCUCUCUCUCUCUCUCUCUCUCACUCUUGUUUGUGUUUGUUCAGGAUUACGGCCCAUUCUGGAUGGGAAAGAUGGAACCAGAGGGCCAGUGGUGGAAAAGCCAGCUCGCAGCAGACAUCCAUCAGUCUCUGCGAAUUAAGGAGCUGAAGUUGCCAACGUACAAGGCUCACUCUCCACAGAUCGGGAUGCGCCGGUACUUUGCCGAUCUGCUUGCCGUUCUCAGUAACCGGUACCAGCUGUGCCCUACGGCGCGUCACCUGGCUGUCUACCUGCUUGACCUCUUUAUGGACCACUAUGAUGUAGCUGUGCGGCAACUCUACGUAAUCGCCCUCUCCUGCCUUCUCCUAGCCAGUAAGUUUGAGGAGAAGGAGGACCGUGUGCCAAAACUGGAGCAGCUGAACACUCUGGGCUUCAUGUGCAGUCUGAACCUCAGUCUCAACAAGCGUGAUCUCAUCAAGAUGGAGCUGCUGCUGCUGGAGACGUUUGGCUGGAACUUGUGUAUGCCCACACCUGCACACUUCAUCGACUACUACCUCCAUGCUGCUGUCCAGGAGGGAGACCUGCACAACGGCUGGCCCCUCUCCUCCCUGUCCAAGAGCAAAGCCUUCAUGGACAAAUACGCACACUACUUCCUGGAGGUCUCGUUGCAAGAUCAUGCCUUCCUGAGCUUUAGGUCCUCUCAGGUGGCAGCUGCCUGCAUAGCUGCAUCCAGAAUCUGCCUGCAGAUCUCGCCCAGCUGGACCACUGUUCUCCACCUGCUUACGGGCUACUCAUGGGAUCAUCUGACACAGUGCAUCCAGCUCAUGUUACUUGCCCAUGACAACGACGUGAAAGAGGCCAACAAAUCCAAAUCGUCCCCCUCCUCUGGCCAGAGCCUCCAGCCACAAGCUCACAUCCCCCACAGCCCUGCGACCCCCUCUCUGCAGAGGCAGCCCACCUCCAGCUCCCAGCAGCUGCUCCUCCAGCCCAGCGGCUACCAGCAGCUCGCCCAGCACUCACCAGCAUUAUCCCAGCUGCACAUGCUGGCAGACUGUCAGGUCCUGGGAACGGUGGGCUCCCGGGAAUAUCUCCAACCCCACCAGGCCAGCCUGCUCUCCGCCUCAGUGCCGGCCAGCUCAUUCGCUUCUUUCCCCAGCUUGGCGUCAGGGCUGCGUGGCUUGCCCAUCCAGGGUCCCAUCUCCAUGCAGGUGAGCAUGGGGCCUGAACGCCAUUGCCUUGGUCUGACUUACGGGAGUGGCUACCUGAGCUCCCAUCACACGUUCACAGCUGGAUGCUUUGACAGGUGACGCCAAGAGAGGGAGGACAAACUAAACCUGGGGCUACCACAGUCCUCCGCCCUCUCCGCGGCCCCUGAGGGGCUUCGUCUCAGUCGGAGACGAAGACUUUCCAAACAGAAGACCAAGAGUCGAGUGGAUUCCACAGAGGUCAUAGUUUUAACUUAAAAACAGCCUUUUAAACUUUGAUUUUUUUUUUUUUUUUUUUACUUUCGCCGUUGUUUUUUAUAAACUGAGGAUGUCUAUUUUUUCAAAAUUAUUUAGUUACGGUUGGAUCUUCUGCCAGUGUUGUGCCGCAAUGGACAAACUGACUGACUGAGUUAUAUGGACUCUGAUUCUAUGUUCCCUUAAAGAGGUAGUUUACCAAAAAGUGAAAAUUCUCUCAUUUACUCAUCCUUAUGCCAUUCCAGAUAUGGAUAACUUACU